CAUUGUGGGUGUUCUUUUGUGACAGUCAACCAAGUAUUGCCAAUAUUUUUGUAUAAUAAUGGUAUUUUAAUAGUAUUUAAUUUUACACGUGAUUCUAAAAGGAAAUAAUUUCCAAAAUGUCCGGAAAAGAAGUGAAAGAAUGGUUCGUGGAUACAGUUUUUGGAAAAUUGGCAGUGGUAUCCUGGGGAGACCCCAACCAUCCUCCGGUGCUGAUGGUCCACGGGUACAUGGACACCGCAGCCACAUUCAUUCCUCUGAUGGAAGAACUGCCUGACAGUUAUUAUUACGUCGCCUUUGAUGUUCCAGGGCAUGGCAAGUCGUGUCACCUUCCCAUGGGCCCAUCACCGACUCAGACUAUUACCAUAGAAUCUGUGAGAGCCGUGGUCAAUUAUAUGGCAUGGGACUCCUUCCUGUUUAUGGGGCAUUCCAUAGGAGGCAUGGCUGGUGUAACAUGGGGCAGUCCAUCCCAGCCUCCGGUACUAGUGGUGCACGGCAAACUGGACGUGUGUACCGGUUUCCGACCGCUCGUCAAGCUGCUCCCGCCGUCUUUCUAUUAUGUCGCCGUGGAUUUACCAGGCAACGGCCGCUCCGACCACCUGCCCCGAGGGGUGAGGUACACAGUGUUCGACCUGGUGCCCACUGUUGAAGUUGUUAAGAAGAAGUUCGGCUGGGAUAAGUUUAUUUACAUGGGGCAUUCGCUGGGCGCUCUUAUUGGCAAAAUCUACAACAUAGUGCAUCCCAACGUGAUCACUCGCGUGGUGGAGUUAGACCCAGUGCCCGCGCACCACUCGUGGGACACCACCAGAGAAGCUAUGCGAGCCUGGUACCACACCUUCUAUGGGUCCUAUGAGGAGACCAAGUAUAAGAAAAUCCAUGGUCUUCCGGAGACUGCGCCUAAAUAUACUUACGAAAAGGCCCAAGAGCUGAUGAUGAAAUCGCGGAAAAUGACGAAGGAAGCUUCGGAGCAAGUCCUGGAGAGAUGUUUGGAGCCGGUCGGAGAUGGACUGUACAGAUUCACAUACGACCAACGCAUGAAAGAGGUGGCCGUCCUCCCUUUCUCUGGAGAACUCCUGAAGAAGAUUUACACCACCACCACCACCCCUACCUUGGCCAUCCUCGCCCAAGCAGAAAUUGACUUGAAGGCCUACGAAAAUUGCGAGUUUACUUGGGAUCUUGGCUCUUGGCCGAACAAAAAUUACAGCUUCAAGAUUGUAGAUGGACAUCAUGAUGUCCAUGUUUAUAACCCCCAGUGCUUAGCUGAUGAUGUAGCCAGAUUCUUGUUGGAACAUUUGAAGGCAAAAUUGUAAUCGUAAUCAAGAAAAUAAAUAAGAAAGAUUAGAUCGCUUUAAAAAAUCCAUACAUUUUGGCACAAGCCUUGCGAAACAGAAUCGCUAGAUGGCGUUACUAGGCUCGGAAAAAAUAAAAUUACUUAUGCCCAAAUAAAAAAACGGUACUCGCGCGCAGUAAAAUAUUUAACUUUAUGCUCUGAGUGAUUGAGUCUGAUGAUGUCGAAUUAGCGGUGCACGGUAAAACCAAAACUGGUUUUUGUGAUAUCGUCAAUGGUCUUUAUUAAUAUUUGGAAAUACUAUGUAACUUGUUUUCAA